AGAGCAUGAUAUAGUAAUCCUACCGGUCUGUCAAAUGCCGCUCACGUCAUCGUUAGAGAAGCAGCAGAGGGAACAAGUCAUCCUGGGACCUUUUCGCCCCCAGCGGCCCGCCCGGAGACCGCGGUCUUCCCGGCGUGAGACAUGUCUGUCUAGAGACAUGUCCGAGGACCUUUGAAGGAAAGCCAUGCCGGCGAGGAUGCGGAGAUUCAAGAGUGAGCUGGAGAGAAAAAGAGCUCAUCUCCUGCCACUACUGCUUGGGCUCGCUCGCAGUACGGAAAAAAAGCCGCUCUUUGCUGUGCGCCAAGAAGGGAGGGAGAGCCAUUUAUUGACAGCUCCGUGCCGCGCGCCGCGCUGGCGGAGAUGCGCCUGCCAAAACUUGCGCGCCCAACCUCCCGUGCAUUGCGCGCAUUUUGCCGCUCUCAACAUGCAUAUAUAUGGAUCUGUAUGUAGAGCGGCCCGGCCGUUCUGUGCAUUUGUGCCUUUGAGUGACGAGGGUCUACCGGCUGUUCGUUCGGGGCGGCGCACCUGCAAAUGCUUGGCCGCCUGUAGCAGCUCAGCGGGUUUUUCAUUAUUUGUUGUUAUUACGUUGUUCGACUGCUACUCAGCAUCAAAUGCAGCAUUCAUAGCACGCGCUGACGGACCUGCGGCGCCGCCGCCCUGAACACCGCUUGUCUCCCUUUCCCAUCGCGCGAGACAACAAUGCUCACCCUGCAACUGCCCUGGCCCACGACCGGGCCUCAGGAGGGUCAGUACGUACUCUCUUUUCCCGAGCCGCUUGACAACUGCGCACUGC